AUGGAUGACGCCUCGGACCUCUCAGUCAUUCCUGUCCAAAGACUGGAACGAGAAUGUGUCAUGCGAGUGACAGUAGAAGAGUUGGAUCUGGAGCCAGCUGUAUAUCUGCGAGAAGGGACUGAGCUCUUGGCUCAGUUGAGCGACCAUCUGACUAUGUUUCCAGCGUUAGAAGAAUUGAGUCCGGAAUGUGACAUCGACAAAGCCGACGUUAGCGUCCCAGUCGUCACGACCCCAGAGAUGGAGCACAAGAUGCGAAAGAUCUUGAAUUAUCAUCGUCGUAUCUUUUUAGGUGAUAGUAAUGCCGCACCGGUCCCAGCUCGUGGAGUCGUUUGUGACUUAGAUGUGGGUGAUGUGAUGCCGAUAGCAUUGCGUGCUCGACAGAUCACCUCCAGAUAUCUGGUGAAAGUUUACAAACUGCUGAAGAAGCUCCUAGAGACAGGACUCAUUGAACAUCCUGAAUCGGAGUGGUCAUCCCCGAUCGUGAUCAUUUUAAAGAAGAAUGGAGAGGAUAUCAGAAUGCAGUUGAUCAAGCUAUCGCGAUACCCUCUACCUUUGAUUGACGACUUGCGGACUGACUUUAAUGCUGCGGCAUGGUUCAUGAGUCUAGAUAUGGCGAGCGGGGUCUGGGCAAUUCAGAUGACAGAGCGGGCGAAGUUGAUUUCGGCCUUUGUCUGUCCAUUCGGACAUUUCCAGUGGAUCCGGAUGCUUUUUGGACUCAAGAAUGCACCGUUAGUGUAUCAGAGUGUGAUCAAUAACUGUCUCUGGGGAUUCGUGCGCCUCCCACCUGAGGAAGAGGCUAAGGUCGAUCGAGAUGUCCUGGAAUUUCUGAAGUUGACCGUCCCAGACACAAGACCGACGAUCGGAAAUCCUCAGGCUGAAGGUGGUUUCAGACUUCCAGAAUUGAUGAAGGAGGCGACUGCAUUCAGACGAAACAUUCCGACCCCGAUGCAGAUGGGACCGGUUCUGGGACGAAACCUGAAUGGUCUGCUAUUCCGACUCCGAUACUGGAAUAUCUCGGUUAGUCUCCCGAAAAACGAGUUCGGUAAACAAGCUAUACCGUAUCUAUCUCACGAAGUAUGUGCCAAAGGCAUCAGAGCUACCCCGAAGAUCGCCAAGAGCGUUCAGGACCUGCCUUUCCCAUCGACACUGAAGGGCGUUCAAUCAUUCUUAGGAAGCCUGAAUGAAUACAACAAGUUUAUCGAGGAUUUAUCUGUUGUCACGGCUGUGCUUUACGAGCUGGAUGAGGAUCGCAUUCGCGCCGGACAUGAUUUGGAUACGGCCAAGGACGCGUUCGAGAUUCUAAAACGCAAGAUUACGUCGACGCCGCUGCUACACCAUCCAGAUUGUACCAAGCCGUUUGUCAUCAUCCCACAUGCAAACCCAUGGGCGGCUUGCGCUGUGUUGGGGCAGGAACAUGAGGGGAUCAUCCAACCAGUGCGCUUUACAGGGCGAGUUUUGAACGAGUCCGAACUCAGAUACCACAUCGCAGAAAAGGAGGUGUUGGCGAUCCUGCGAGUCCUAGAGCAGUUCCGUCCGCUCAUCUACGGUUCAGAGAUACCGACCGUAAUCUAUACUCGGUACUCGGUCCUGAAGGAAGUGGUUACUGAGUGGGGUCUAGAAUUGUCGAAGUGGACUCUGGAACUACGCCGUGUGCAGCGCGAUGAACAUGGAUUAGCUGCCAUCCUCGGUGCAGGUAUUGCCCCCAGGAAGCAUCUGGACGAAAUCGCUGAAAACCUGAUCCCGGCUAAGGGGCGAAUCAAAGCACCUCCGCCAAUCGGUGUAGAGAUGCUGGAUUCAGACUUCGAAGGAUAUGUUCUGAGCUUCGAUGGUGCAGCCAAGGUCUCCACUAGACAGGGAAGUUGUGGAUGUAUUUUGUGGCGCUUACCUGGCUGGCAUGCCCUGAGCGCCUACGGAUUCCCUCUGGAUGAUGUGACGGUGAACGAUGCAGAGUAUGAAGCCUUGAAAGUGAAAAUUGGCUCAGAACGGUUGAUCAACGUCAAACGUGACUACAACCAGGCAGCAGACUACUUAACGACGAAGACAUUGGCACUCGGGAAAGCGUGGUUGGUGGAAGAUGCGGAUGAACUGGUGCAUCCGAAAUUGGUCUCUAGGAUCCCGGAAAAGGUUAUGAAGACUCUGGAAACCUCGGAACGAGGGGACGACGCAAGUCAGCGUCCGAAGAGCGAUCAUCCAAAUGACCUCGUUUCAGACCCGGUUCCAAACGCGUCUGAGCCAGUAGCACCCGUGAAGAUGGUUACAACCCGAAGUCGUUCCAGACAGGUUGCCCAAGUGGAUGACCCGAGCCGACCACUUGACUAUCGAGACGAACGUUGGAGACGUAUUAAAGUCCACCAGGACGAGGAUCCAGAGUUAAAAAGGCUCAAGGGUUAUUUGAAAGGUGACCUGUUGAACUAUACGCGGAAGGAAGUCAAGAAAAUCGCGAAGGACUCAAGAGAUGUCCUUUAUCGUUUGCCUGCGCCUACCCCGGAACGUCCUGGGGACAAGCGGUCUGAACUUCGCCUAGUUGUACAAGAAGCCUUGCGACCAGACAUCCUACACCACUCUCACGAGGAUUUCCAGAGUGGCCAUCAAGGCCUCACCAGGACAUAUGAACGUCUGCGUUCAGAGUUUUUCUGGACCGGGAUGUUCCAAAACGUCGAAAUGUUUGUCAAGGAAAGUACGGAUUGUGCGUCCGCUAAGGGGCGACCGCCGGAUCCAGGACCCUCCCCCGGGAAUAUUGAAUCGACUGGUUCAUUCGAAAUAGCGUCCAUGGAUUUUGUCACCCACCUUCCGAAGUCGGAACACGGGAAUACCUUCCUACCUUUGUUUCAGGGCAUGUUCACGGGCUAUGUUAUGUGUAAACCCAUGAGCAUUACUACCGCACAAGACCGUGCUGAUGCCUAUGAAGAGGUUGUGUUCCGGAACUAUGGCGCAAACUCUGAAAUCCGUCAUGACAGAGAUCCCAGGUUCAUGAGUCAGGUGUUCCGUCGCUUCAGCAAGAUGAUGGGUAUCCAGCAGAAAGCAACGCUCGCGUAUCGCGCUCAGGCUGCCAAUAGCCAGCAGGAACGGUCGGGCCAGACAAUUAUGCACAGUAUCAGAGCGUAUGUUGAAGAGCACGACCAAACCGACUGGGACGACCAUGCAGAGAAGCUUAUGCAUGCUAUAAAUACCUCCUUCGAUGCGACUAGAUUGGAUACGCCGUUCUACCUACUACACGGGUUUGAUUGUCGGAGCACUAUAGCAGCUAUGCUGGGUCCAAAACCGACGGACGUCACAGAACGUACCGCGUAUGAAUGGCGUCGAAAAUUGCAACGAGACAACAGCUAUGCCCACGCCUGCGCGGGAGAGCUCCAGAGAAGAGCCAAACGAACGCGAUCCACGGUUCAGACUCAGAGUUGGAAGGUGCUGUCGGAUCACCUCAAGUCUGGUUUCGAAGUAGGUGACUCUGUCUGGUUAUAUAUCCCGCAGCUUUUGCCAGGCCUGAGUCGCAAAUUGGCCCAUGUUUGGCACGGACCAUUCAGGAUUCAGCAGGUUCGGGACGAUUUCAAGGUGAAAUUGAAGGUUCAGGGCACAGGCUAUCAUGUAGAAGUAUGGGUCCACAUUAGUCGUCUGAAAACACGUGCCUUGUUUCCGAAACGGCCGUCUUUAAGGAUUGACGUUUCAGAGGAGGAGGAUUUUGAUGCGGCCCAUUGUCGGAGGAUAGUUGGGAACCGGAUUCGGUGCAUUAGGAGUAUGAAGCGGAAGAAAUUGUGGAUUUAA